CAUCCCAAAAUCAGAGCUGCUUAAAAUUCCCAUACGGUUAGCCUCCCUCCAUUAGAGAAGAAGUGUAGAAAAUAUUAUGAAAGUGUUUCUUUCUCCUCUUUUUUGCGACACCGCACCAUACCUCAUGCGCGUAACGAUUAAACCGGCUCUGCACAAACAACAACAGCAGUAGCUGUGAUCAAUUAUCGGUUUUCGAUUUCGAUCGAGUUAGGGUUUCUGCCUCAAAUGGAUAAUUACGGUUUUCACGAUGGUAAUAUCUGUAAUAUGUUGGAGAGCAGACAUCGCCCUGAUGUUAAUCACAGUUUACAGAUGCAUUCCUCACUGAUUCGGAGACUCUCCCAAGAAAGAGAAUUGGAGGGGCAUCAGGGUUGUGUCAAUUCGAUAGCCUGGAAUUCUAAAGGUUCGCUCUUGAUUUCUGGAUCAGAUGACACACGGAUGAAUAUUUGGAACUAUGCUGGUCGAAAGCUUUUGCAUUCUAUAGAUACUGGGCAUUCUGCAAAUAUAUUCUGCACUAAAUUUGUUCCUGAAACAUCUGAUGAGCUUGUGGUUGCUGGAGCUGGAGAUGCAGAAGUUCGCUUGUUUAAUUUGUCUCGCUUGAGUGGAAGGAGUCCUGAUGAUAAUUCUAUUGCUCCAUCAGCACUGUAUCAGUGUCAUACAAGAAGAGUGAAAAAAUUAGCUGUUGAAGUUGGGAACCCCAACGUGGUCUGGAGUGCAAGUGAAGACGGAACACUUAGACAGCAUGAUUUUCGGGAGGGUGCUUCAUGCCCUCCAGCAGGAUCUUCCCAUGAAUGUCGCAAUAUUCUGCUUGACUUGCGGUCUGGAGCAAAGAGGUCAUUAGCAGAUCCACCUAAGCAAACCCUUGCUCUGAGAUCUUGUGAUAUCAGUACCAGUCGGCCUCAUUUGCUCCUGGUUGGUGGGAGUGAUGCCUUUGCUCGAUUAUAUGAUAGACGGAUGCUGCCUCCACUGACUUCCUGUAGGAAAAGGAUGUCCCCGCCACCUUGUGUUAACUAUUUCUGCCCAAUGCACCUUUCUGAGCGUGGACGUUCAAGCUUGCACCUUACUCAUGUUACAUUUAGUCCAAAUGGGGAUGAGGUUCUCCUAAGUUAUAGCGGAGAGCAUGUAUACCUAAUGAAUGUCAAUCACAGUGGGGGCACUGCUGUGCGAUAUACUAUUGGAGAUACUUCAAAAUUGAUGACCUUCGCCCCUACACUCAAUGGGCUAGAGCUGCAACCGCUACCAUCUUGUGUAUUCAAACGUCAGAGUCAUUCCAAAACCAAUGGUUCUUCCAUGCUUGAGAAGUGUAGAAAGCUGGUUCAAAUUGCUGAAAAAUCCUUAGAGGAAGGGACAUGUUAUUUCUAUGGAAUUGAAGCCUGCAAUGAAGUUUUGGAUGGCCAUGGUCGUGUUAUUGGCCCAACGCUUAGGCAUGAAUGUCUCUGCAUUCGUGCAGCCUUGUUGCUUAAGAGGAAAUGGAAAAACGAUGUUCACAUGGCCAUAAGAGAUUGUUUUAAUGCCCGCAGAAUUGACAGUUCGUCCUUCAGAGCCCUCUAUUAUAUGUCUGAAGCUUUGUCACGGCUGGGAAAACAUAAGGAAGCUCUAGAAUUCUCCAUUGCUGCCCAAUGUUCAGCACCAGGAAAUACUGAAGUAGCAGUAUUGAUGGAGGAUAUAAGAAAGAAUCUUGCUACAGCUGAAGCUGGAAAAAGUAGUAAGGACAAUGACGGGGCAACAAGGUCUGAAACCCGAAAUGGACGAGCAUUGUCAUUGAGUGAUAUACUCUAUCACUCAGAGGCAAAUAGUGAAGCUUCACAUGAUGGUCCAGGGUCUGAUAGAGAAGAUUCUGACUAUGAUGAGGAGCUGGAGUUGGACUUCGAAACAUCAGUAUCAGGUGAUGAAGGGCGUGAUGUUGAACCAAACAUUCUUCAUGGAAGUUUGAAUCUCAGGAUACAUAGGAGAGGUGAUUCAGCUAGAGAUUCAAGCUGUACAAAUGGUUCGUGUGGGUCGCCUUCAUCAUCACAAAAUGAUCGAACACCCUAUCAGCCGGAGACUGUCAUUGAUAUGAAGCAGAGAUAUGUCGGCCACUGUAAUGUUGGGACUGAUAUAAAACAGGCUAGUUUUCUUGGGCAAAGAGGUGAUUAUGUGGCCAGUGGAAGUGAUGAUGGUAGAUGGUUUAUUUGGGAAAAGCAAACUGGUAGAUUGAUAAAAAUGCUUCUUGGAGAUGAGGCUGUUGUGAACUGCAUCCAGUGUCACCCAUUUGAUUGUGUUGUGGCAACCAGUGGUAUUGAUAACACCAUAAAGAUUUGGACUCCAAGUGCUUCAGUCCCAUCGAUAGUGGCUGGGGGAGCAGCAGGACCUGAAACUUCUAAUGUGUUAGAAGCCAUGGAAAGCAACCAGCGAAGAUUAUGCCAUAAUCGUGAAGCAAUCCUCCCUUUUGAGCUUCUAGAACGGUUUCGGAUGCAUGAAUUCACUGAAGGAACUUUGCACCCUUUUGAGUGUGCUCAGAGCUAAUCGGGACCUGUUUGCACUUGAGCCUCCAAUUUAUGUGCUGAUGAGUGAUGAUACAAACGGAGUGUUGUUUUUUCGUCGAGCAAGGAGAUAAAGGGAGGCUGCACCAUAAUUGGUGGUAGGAAACUAGUUGGCCAUGUAAAGCCUUUUGUCCCAUAUCUUAAUAAAGUGUCGCCAGUGUUAAAUUAUAUCUAGUGCUGUACUGUUGCUAUAAAGGUAAUUACUUCUUGCUCAUGUAAUUAUUUUAAGAGGUUUCUCUUUAUUGCUGUAUUUAGUGAAAACAAUUCCUGCACAGAUGACAAUAUUUUCCGUAGGUCUGCUUGAAUUAUUUGAUUUUGCUUUA